UCUCUGCGCCCUCCGCUCGGUCUGUCUGGCUGCUGUUUGGCUCACUUGAACAGCGAGUCGCGCUCCGCUCAUUUGUUGCGAGUUGCCUGCUGCUAGCGUUAGCUCCCACCACUGUGGACUUCCAGCUAGCCCACUAGCCACUGCUAGCUUGCUAAGCUAACUGACCAUUUCUGUUUCUGCCUGCACUUCUCCUGCUGACAACUGUCCGUGUCGACUGUUCGGCGGUCGUAAAGUUAAUUUAUUGAAAUGGAGAGCGAGCGAGGAAACGUCAAUCGUACAUUGUGUGACUCGUUGGCCACCGAGUUUAUCUGCGAUUUCUCAGUGUUUAUGUCCAGCGUUAGCCUGCCUUGUUGCUUGUGAGGAAAACCAGAAUGCCAGCCCCAAAGAGAGGGUCAUCUCCUCACGAUCCUCAGCCCAAGAUGAGGAAGUUGGACGAGGACGGGGAGGCUCUGCCAUCCAAAACUGCACCAGCUGACAUCAAGAAGUCCCCCAAAACAGGACAUUCACGGGAAAAGACAGCAGCCCCACGGACUAAGAAAAAACUGUCCAGCUCAGCGGAAGGGGGAAAUAUACCAGCCAAGUCAUCCAACCAGAGUUCUCCUCCCAAGGAUUCCAGCAUAAUCAUCUCAGACCCUCCUGUCAAAAAAGCCAAGCUCCUGAUAGCCACAAGUGCCUCCUGCGGAGAAGCUCCCUCGCAGAUAGCUAACUCCAAAGCUUCCCUGAAGCGAACAGCCUCCACAGAGUCCGACGACGAGCUGAGCAGUGACGAUAGUAAGAGGGACCUCUUUAGAGAAAGGGCUGAUGGCGACAAGGCCCGCUGCAUCAGACAGUAUUCAAAUAAAGUCAAAGCUAAACGCAGGGCUGAAGAGUCCCCCUCUGACCCACAGGAGAAAAGCCAAGGGUCGCCAUCUGCACCUUCAGACACCAUUCAGAUGGACCAUAAUUACGGCAGAUUUUCAGAUUCGUCAAGUGCGAGUGAUGCUAAUCAGGACGAGAACAGGGAAUCUGAACAAGACAGAGAAGAAAUUUCAGUGACUGCAGCACAAGCAGAGUCAAAGGAAACUGUGGCCUCUGCAACACGGAGUACAACAUCUAGCAGUGAAUUUGAAUGUGCAGCCGACGGACGUAAACUUGAGGAAUUGGAAAAUGUUGAACCCCAAAAGCUCCUGAAAAAUGAAGCAUCGUGUAGGGAAACAAUAGACUCUGUCACUGCAACAGCUACAGAUAAGAGUUGCAUCGCAUCUGAGGUAGGCGAAAAAGAAAAUGACGUUGCAGAGUCUGUUAAAAUCCAAAAGGAUGUAGAUAAUAAGACACAAGCGUCUUCAGUGGCACCGCUAUGUUUGAGUACCAGAGAGGCAAAUCCAGGCUGUGAAGGUGAAGCGCAGGCAGAUGACAGGACAGACUCGGAUCAUAGAAGGCAGACAGAUGUGAGCAGUGAAAGUAAGGUGAACACAGAGACUGUUUGUGAGGAGAUAAAGCUUGAUAUGAAAAGUAAAAGUAUGGAAGGAGAGCGUACAGCACAGGGAGUGGCCGAAGCUGCCACUGUCUCUGCGGUUCAUGGUGAUGUUGGUAUGGAAGAUAAUGCUCCGUCAAAUAAAACCAACUCCGCACCAGAAGCGAUCCUGGUAGGAGGCAGUAAUCCAGAGACUGAGGAAAAUCUAGCAACGCCAGAGUCUGUUGGCAGUGCAGAGACUCAAACAGACCUCAGUUUCAAAAUUCAAGUCACUUUUAAAGAGGAGUCAAAACGCGAGUGCCUGCAGGACCGAGUGAGCCACGAAGUGCCAGAUAGAAUUACAAGCGACGGUGUGAACAAAAUAGCCAGAAAGUCGGAAGAAAAGCUGGAAGAAAGUGAAAGGAAAGAGUCCCCGUCGACUCAGGCUGUUGCUGUGGCUGAUCCCGGGACUUUAGCCGAGCUGCAGCUGAGACGAGAGGUGACGACUGACGGCUGUGCCGAAAUAACGAUGGUAGAUUAUGUGCCUGUUCGGGAGCAAUCUCAGAGCGAGGUGUCCUCCAGUUGUGUCGCAGUCUCCGAGGGUCAGAUCGACAUGCAGACGAAGGGAACAUCCGAGCAGCAGACUGACUCAACACCUCAGGGGGAUUUACAAAACCAAGGGAACCACAAAGUCAAUGACUGCACUUCAGAAACACCUGUUGAAGUCAAAGAGAAGAUGAACCUUGACUGUGCCAGCGCACCAAAUAGUCAAAUCAAAAUGGGCAAUCAGACUCCAUCCAAGCAGGAGAUGUCUAAUCAAGCCACUAUAGUGGAAUUACAAAACCAAAAGAGCCAGGAAGUAUGUGAACCUGUUACGGACAUAUCUUCACAUAAUGAGGAUCGUGUGGUAAAUUCUGAAAAUGACGAUGAGGUGAAGUUUGAACGCACCGGUGCCCCUGAGAGUCGGAUGGAAAUGGAAAUGGAAAUGCAGACAACUCUGCACACUACAGUGGAAGUACAAAGCCAGAACAGACAGGAAGUCAGCGAACUCACCACAGACAUAUCCACUCACAGUUGUCCAGAUAUUAAGACCGAAAAGUCUGAAAUGACGGAAAAUAAAGACAUGGCGGACUUUGGGAGGCAGACUACAGUGACACCAGAAAUAUCUCAUCCUAUGUCUACAGACAUAUCUGAUAACACACAGGAACAUCUAGUUGCAAAUGGUCAGAGCAGCAAAGAUGAGGGCAGGGUUGAAGAAGACAUGCAGACCGCAGUGACAUCAGAGGACAUUUCUAAUGUAGUACCUUCAGUGAAAACUGAGGUCCUAAAGAGACAAGAGGUCACUGACCCUGCGACAGACAUAUCUGAGAACGUUCAAGAAGCUCUAAUGAGUCAGCUUCCUGAAAGGAACGGAAAUGAUGUCAAGGUUAUCACAGAAUGCAUCAAUGCAACUGAGGAUCAAAGUGAAAUUAAUUUGCAGACGACAGCAAUGUCAGAGGAGAUUUCCGCUCCAGCACAAACCGAGAGAGGUCAGGAGUUCAGUGAACUCACUGCAGAAGUUCAACAGGAAUUUAUUGUUGCCAAAACUGAGAUGGAGGAGAACAAGGACGAGGUUAUCGCAGAGAGUGUGGCUGCAACUGAGGAUCAAAUCGAAAUGAAUGCGCACGCAGCAGCAAAACCAGAGGAGAUUUCUGAUCCACCAGCCACAGCGGAAAUACAAAGCCCGGGGAGCUCGGAGGUCAGUGAACUCGGCACAGAAGCUCAAAAAUGCCCGGUGAGCUGUGAGAGUAGAGAAGAUGAAGACAAGCUUGAAUGUGUUGGUGCUCCAGAGGCUCAAAUAAAUGUGGAAACUACUGCAAAGCCAGAGGAGAUUUGUAACGCAGCACCCACUACAGAGCAGCAAAACCAGAGCACGAGGGAAGUCGAUGAACCCCCUAUUGCCUUGUCAAAUGAAUUUCCAAAACCUCUUCCGAUGGCUCAUUCUGAGACCAAGGAUAGCGAACACAUGCAGACGGAGCCUAGUGCCAAGCAUAUCGAAGCAGAUAUGGAUGUAAUAAGUGGAUCAAUAGAGAGGGUGGGCCCUGCGUUAGAAGAGGAAACUGGGAGAGAGACGAUUAAUGAGGUCAAAGGAGAGGCUGCAAUCAUUUCCUCUGAUGAAGCUGACAAAACUGUCAGUGAUGCUGAAGGACACAAAGAAGGAACUGGAGACAGUGAAGUCAUUGUUUUUGUUUGCGGCCAACCAGAUGACACUGAUGUUGUAAUUCACGCGUCAGAAGAGCAGAUCAAGACAGUCAAUCAGGCAGAGGUUGAGGUUCAUGAAAACCAGGUAGUGUACGAGCCCAUCAGCAGCCCAGAGAGUAAUGACGGUAGAGAGAUUUCUUCAGCGUCAGAGCAUCAUGGGACUGUGUCUUUAUUGGACAUCCAGAAUUCAGACACCCAGCAGAUGGAAGGAGACUCAUCUACAAAUAAUGAAGAAAACAGAGACAUUCGUACCCAGGAGCUUGAAAAUGCGGGAAAGGAACAAAUUUGUGUCUCUGAUAUGGAAGUACGAACCGUCAGCAUGCCAGAGAGUUGUGUCUCCGCACAGUUGGAGCAGAGUAACGUGAGUGUGGAUGUGAAACAAGUUGCAGUGAUCAGCUCUAGCGAUGACUUCAGCGUGCCAGAUGGCCAGUUGGUGGAUCCAAUGGGAGAGAGUGAAAGAAAUGGGUACCCAGACAGCAUCGGUGCCACAGAAUUCUCUGAACAGGUGCGAGAAGGCACCGGGCCUCACGAGGAUGCAGACGUCACUGUGACAACAACUACGGCCACCACUAAAGUCGAAAUACCGGAUAGCACGUCUGAGGAGUUUGUGAUCUUGACACCAGUCCCGCAGAGUGAAAUUCACUUUGAUAUUGUCACGCAGGCAGCAGCAGAAUCAGGGCUGUCGGUCUCGCUUCCAGAGCAGGUGAGUCCAGACAGUGCACAGGCGGGUGAAGUGGAAAAUGAAAGGAUUUUAAAUGGCUCCCGACAAACCGUCUUCACUGAGGCAGAAGUGCAGCAAUGUGAAACAAGUGUCAAGGUCAAAGACGCCACGGUGACCAAUUCAAGUGAGGUAUCAGAUCAGGAGACUAGGAUUGAGACUGAACUUUCAACUGAGGAGGGUGUUGAAGUUGCUGGAAAUUCUGAUCAUUGCCAGCAACCUUCAGGUGACAUGAUGAUCAUUCAAACCUCAGAAACUGAAACGACAAACUCUGAUGCUCAAGUCACAAAUGAAGACUCUAAUGUACUUGUGAUAGAAAACGCUGAUGCUGCUUUGGACCUGCAAGAAGUGCAGAUUCUGGAGGACAUAGAGAUCGGCCGUGAGAUCGUAGUGGCAGAGGAAGACAAUGAGGAAGAUAGUGACAUCACAAUAAUCGAAAAAACCCAGGAAACACCGACGGCAGUCCCCUCUAAAACAUCUGAGGAAAAGCUCAGUGAGAAAAAAGAUGACUCCUGUGGAACCAACUUGAAUCAAAACAGCACAGCUGAAAAGUCCGGAGAUGAUAAAAAGGUUCAGGAAGCAGAUAAACCCAAGAAACAAGAGAUGAACACGCAGGCCAGAACCAAAGCCCGCCUGGCAGCGCUCGCUGAGCAAAAGGCUGCAGCAUCUAAGAGAUCAGCGAACAGACAGCAGCUGAACCUCUUAGCCCUCUGUCAGGAAAUCGCAGAGGACAUUGCCACAGACAGCAAUCUGUUGAAGAGGAUCGAGGAAGAGAAGCAGGCGGCGGCGGCGGCUGCAGCAGCAGCAGCGGCGGUUGCGGCAGCAGAAGUGGCAGCCAAAAGUGAAGCCAGCAAGAAGGAAAGUGCUCCUGUUAACACGCAGGAUUCAGACACGGUUAAUGUUGCGACACCUGCUGGACCCGAAGAGUGCUCAGCUUCGGUGUGCCCUGCCGAGGUGGAAUCUACUUCCCAGCCCUCGACGACUGAUUCUGCUGAGGCUAAGCCUGCUGGAGAGACUCCAAAGAGGCGUUUCUUCAUCUCACAGGUCUCGGUGCCACUGAAAGCCCACGAGAAAAAGAAGCUAACCAGAUAUCAAAGAUUAAGACAGGUUGAGCUGCAGAGAGAGAAAAUGUCUUGGGCGCGCAUGAAGAAGCUGAAAUCUGACCAAGCAAAUCAGAUGAUUUCUGACAUGGACUGGCAGGCUCCCUUGUCUGCAUUUCCUUCAUUUUCAGUGACUCCUCAGCCUGCAGCCAGUCCAUCUAAAUCCCCUCUCCCAAGUCCCGCCUCAACUAGCAAGCCAGCAACACCAAAAGCAGAAGUUCCACAUGUUGACACUCCUAACGCUGAACCCGCUAAAACCGAACCCUCCAAAACUGAACCCACUAUACCUGAGCCUGUCAAAACUGAACCCACUAAACCUGAACCUGCCAAAACUGAAACCCCUAAAACUGGGCCUCCAACUACCGAAACCCGUAAAUCUUCAAGGCUAAUCAAGGCUCAAACUCCUGAACAGACCCCUUCUCCGGGGCCUGCCCCAAAAGUGACCAGAUCAGCAGCCAAGAGGACCCUCCCAGCAGUACCCCCUCCCAUGCCCAACGGACUUAAAGCUCAAAAACAGAAGCCUGUAGAGUACAAGCCAUACAGACCCAGGCCCAAGUUCACCUUUGACGACUUUGAACUCGAUGAUGACCCUGUACCAGUUGCUCCAGUCAGGCCCAGCCCUCAGGCGAGGCCCGUGCAGCCAGCAGGACCCAACGCUCAGUCAAACCCCACAGCACCAUCUAAGCCCGCGGCUCAGUCAAGACCAACAGUUUCAUCACAACUUUCCAACCAGGCGAGACUCAAAGCUCAAACAACGCCCGGUGGACAGAUCUCAGGUCAGUCAAAGUCUGCUGCUGCAACAACACUCCAGUCAAAAGCCACAGCUGCCGCCGCAGCCUCUCCGAGAGCUGUUCCUUCAGCUAAGGCUCCGUUAAAGCCUCCUGUUUUGACUCAGUCGAGAACAGUUUCUCCAGCUCCAGGUCAGUCCAAGCCUGCUGCCUCUGCUUCACCUCAGCUGAAGCCCGCUGCUAGUGGAGGUGCAGCGCAGCUCAAGCAGUCUACUUCAACAACAUCUCAGCCCAGUGGUUCAACCAAAUCUGCUGCUCCUGUUGGUUCAACACCUCAGAACACCCCAAAUCCCUCCUCACCAGAAGACAUCAAGUGCAAGGCUACAGCUGGUCCUCUGCCAUCAGCUCCCACCUCUUCUCCUCCCCCUGAAAAGGAUUUGAAAGUGUCUGAUGGCACUCAGCAGGGUGAAGAAAAGCCUGCAGCCACUGAUGUUGCUCUGUCUCCAGGGAAUAAGACAGAAACAGUGAAGACAGCUGAGAAGACGUCAGAUAAAUCUUGUCAAGACAGAGCGGCGAAGCCACAAGAUGGCGGGACACCUCUCUCUGAUGCUUGUCUGCAGAAAGAAAUCAAGAAGCUAAAGGAGGCUGACAAAGAUGGCACCCAAACCAUUAUUGAUGCAGGACAGAAGCAUUUCGGAGCAGUAGCCUGCAGUGUGUGUGGGAUGCUCUACUCUGCUGCCAACCCUGAAGACGAGUCUCAACAUUUACUCUUCCACAACCAGUUCAUCAGCGCCGUCAAAUACGUGGGAUGGAAGAAAGAGAGGAUUCUGGGAGAGUAUCCUGACGGCAAGAUCAUUCUCGUCCUCCCAGAUGAUCCCAAAUAUGCUCUGAAGAAGGUUGAGGAGAUCAGGGAGGUGGUGGACAGUGACCUCGGCUUCCAGCAGGUGGAGACCAAGUGUCCCUCUAAGACCAAGACCUUCCUCUUCAUCUCCAACGACAAGAAAGUGGGUGGAUGCCUUAUAGCAGAGCACAUACAAGAGGGGUACAGGGUGAUUGAGGAGCCAACACCGGAGGGCUCAGAGGGAGAGAAGGUGAUGUUUGAACGUCAGAGAGCUUGGUGCUGCUCCACAACAGCGGAGCCGGCCAUCUGUGGCAUCAGCCGCAUCUGGGUCGUCAGCAUGAUGAGACGCCAGGGCAUCGCAUCACGUCUGCUCGAGUGCCUCAGGAACAACUUUGUAUACGGUUCAUAUCUGAGUAAAGACGAGAUCGCUUUCUCCGACCCGACCCCUGAUGGAAAGCUCUUUGCCACACAUUAUUUUGGCACUUCUCAGUUUUUGGUUUAUAACUUUGUGAGCGGAACACAUUUGACCCAGCCCAAAACUGAUGCAGUAUGACAGGUAACAGCGGAUUUAACGGAGAUGCUCACUGACCAACGGAAUGCACCUGAUGCACAAUCUGUAUUUGCAUAACAACAACAACAACAAAAAAAAAACUGUAAAAUUUCUCCUUGAUGAGGAUCAACAUUGGUUUAAAUCUCAGGAUGAAAACAACGGUGUUGUUGAAAAAUGUUAUUAACUCCCCCUUUAAUCCCUCCUUGAAUAGUAUUUUGAGAAAGAGUAUUUUUCUUUAUACAUUUUUAAGUAAACAAUUGGUUUUAUUAGAUGUAUAGAGUUUACAUGCAUGACCUGACAGCAAUAGCAAACAAAGAGCAUUUCACUGUUUUUCUUUUAAUCCCUGUGAAGCAUAAAAUCGACUAUAAAAAAAAGUAUUUUAAAGUUUUGUCCUCAUUCUGUUUAGCUUUUAUGUACACGAUGAAGUUAAUAUGGGGUUUUGUUCAUGUCCAUCUCUUAAUGGUUAACAGCGAUGCUGCCAUCGUUUCAAAUGGUGUUUAAGCAACACUGGUAUUGCUUUUUGGGUUCCCACUGGGCGGUUAAGGACGAUGUUUUCCCACAAUUUCACUGUCACAUUUCAAACUAAUCAUCUGAACCAGGUGAUUCAACCAGAGGGACUCAUUUCAACAAUCGUAUUGGAGAAAUGUGGGUCAGAACUGUAGCUUGGGCAAAGAUCACAUGCUCUAAUUUUCUUAGAUCACUUUGCCUGAAACGUUUAGUUUUCCAAGCUGAGCCAUAUACUGUACACCAUUUUAACCGGGCAUUGUAGCCUGUACUGUAUGAGUGCUGUCUUUUAAUUUCACCGGAGCUGUCUAUUGCUUUAUUUGUGCCUGAAUGAAAUAAUGCGUGACUUAAAAUGUUGAUUUGUUUUUCUUUGUUUUUUGUUUUUUUUUUGUUUUUUUGUUAGUGUAGAGAACCAUCCUGCUAUUCCUUAGUAACAACAAAUUAAAAUGUAUAUCAAAUGAUCAUGUAGAUUUAUGCAUUCUAUAACAAAAAAAAAGACGUAUGAUGAACGAUGAGGAAGGUCUGAAGGCUCAGGUGUUACAUGGUAUUUCAACCCAGAUUUACAGUAUCAUUGUAAUCCAUACCUUAUUUUCUUCCUCCUUCUUGUUAAACAGUUGCUCUUAGAAAAGAUGUGUUGUGUAAGAAAAAUAACAUUGAUUUAUACGAAGCUGUUAUGUAAAUAUUUAUUUAAAUAAUAAACUGUUUAAAACACUUUU